AUGACAUUUGCGUCAGCUCAAGAUGGCCGACCAUUUGAAUUAUUAAAAGGAUCUGGUUUUAUUCGUUUAGCCAAACAGCUAUUUGAUACUGGUAGAUGUUUAUCAUCAGUAACACGUAUAGAAAUUGAAGAUUUAUUACCUGAUUCAACAACAGUAAGUUUAUCAUAUUGUGGCUUAUCACUUAAUCAUAUUCAUCAAAAAUUUCAUUCACUAUCAUUCUUACUUGGUUGUUUUCCUUUUGGCUUGAGAUUAAAUGAUGAAAAGUUUAUCAUGAGUGAUAAUGAACCCACUAUGAAGAGUGCUUUUAAUCUCAAUUUUAAACGUAUCGGUUGUAGCAAUCAUUUUAUCAACAAACAACUUCAACAUGCGUUUACAUCACAAAUGAUCGAUGGGGAAGUUGUUAAUUGUGAAUUAGCUCAAGGAAUGUUUAGUGAUGUUAAACAUAUUGUUUCAAAUACGCGCUUUAGUGGCGCAUAUGGUAUGCUAAGGGUAUUUCAAGAUGUUUAUAAUGAAUUAGAUAAGAUUCUGGAUUCAAAAUUAUUAACAACUUAUUGUAAAAUCAAUGAAGAUUUUUUACAUGAUGUAUGUGAAUUUUUAUUGCCAUUUGAUACUGCUUUUCAAACUUUAAGCGACAGCAAACGAGCAACACUUCAUCGUGUAUUACCAAUGAAACAAGUCUUAAUCAACAAAUGUGUUAUUGAUAAUGAUGACAAAGAAGGUAUAAAACAAUUGAAGGCAUUUUUGGGUAUGAAUGAAAAAUGGAAGUUGUCGAACGAAUAUCUCAUUGCCACAUUAAUUCAUCCAAAUUUAAAACAUUUUCAUAAAUGUCCUCAUUUAAAAGAACGUGCAAUCUUUUUAUUAAAACAAGAAAUGUUAAAACAUCAAGAUAUUCCAUCUGCUUGUCCAUCAGUUACUACAAAUUAA